ACUGUGCUAUAACCUAUCUCUCUCUCUCUCUCUCUUCGGUCUUUAUCUGAGUCUCGCAUUGCGUUUGCAUUUUAGCACCUCAACUAGCUCCUCGGCAACAACAACCAUGGCCGGCGGAGGUUUCGCCAACGCUGGUGGUGGCGGCGAUUUCGAGGCAAAGAUCACUCCCAUCGUCAUCAUUUCAUGUAUCAUGGCUGCCACCGGAGGUCUUAUGUUCGGCUACGACGUCGGCGUUUCCGAUCACGACUACUCAUAAGCCGCUAAUAUGGGAAUCUCGCGUAAAUUCCCAGAAAUGCUCAACCACCUUCUUAACGAAACAACAUGUGGAGUGACGUCUAUGAAACCGUUCUUGAAGAAGUUUUUUCCGACAGUAUACAGAAAGACAGUGGAAGGGGAAGGGGAAGGGUUAGACAGCAAUUACUGCAAAUACGACAACCAAGGACUGCAGCUGUUCACGUCGUCACUGUACCUGGCUGGUUUAACAUCGACCUUCUUCGCCUCCUACACCACUCGCAGGUUGGGAAGAAGGCUCACCAUGUUGAUUGCUGGCUUCUUCUUCAUCGGUGGAGUUGUCUUCAAUACUGCUGCUCAAGACCUUGCCAUGCUCAUCGUUGGCAGAAUCUUACUUGGCUGUGGAGUUGGUUUUGCUAAUCAGGCCGUGCCAGUGUUCCUCUCGGAGAUCGCACCUUCAAGAAUACGUGGAGCAUUGAAUAUACUCUUUCAGCUCAAUGUAACCAUUGGCAUUCUAUUCGCUAACCUCGUCAACUAUGGCACCAACAAAAUCAAAGGUGGGUGGGGUUGGAGGCUAUCUCUGGGGUUGGCUGGUAUCCCUGCAGUUCUUCUCACCUUAGGAGCCCUCUUAGUAGUAGACACCCCCAACAGUCUCAUUGAACGUGGCCGCUUGGAAGAAGGGAAAACAGUGCUCAAAAAGAUUCGAGGCACUGACAACAUUGAACCAGAAUUCUUGGAGCUUGUUGAGGCAAGUCGUGUGGCUAAAGAGGUGAAGCAUCCAUUCAGAAACCUUCUCAAGCGCAGGAACCGACCCCAACUCGUCAUUUCCAUUGCCCUUCAGAUCUUCCAGCAAUUCACAGGCAUCAAUGCAAUCAUGUUUUAUGCGCCAGUGCUGUUCAACACGUUAGGAUUCAAGAAUGAUGCUUCUCUGUAUUCUGCUGUGAUCACUGGGGCUGUCAAUGUUCUCUCCACUAUUGUGUCUAUCUAUUCAGUGGACAAAGUGGGGCGUCGCAUGCUCUUGCUGGAAGCUGGUGUGCAGAUGUUUUUGUCUCAAGUGGUGAUAGCAAUCAUACUGGGAAUAAAGGUGAAGGAUGAUUCCGAUAACCUUUCAAAAGGUUUUGCGGUGCUUGUGGUUGUUAUGGUGUGCACUUUCGUGUCUUCCUUUGCAUGGUCUUGGGGUCCUCUUGGGUGGCUGAUUCCAAGUGAGACAUUCCCAUUGGAGACUCGCUCAGCUGGCCAGAGUGUCACCGUUUGUGUCAACUUGCUCUUCACCUUCGUCAUUGCUCAGGCCUUCCUUUCCAUGUUGUGCCACUUCAAAUUCGGCAUCUUCUUGUUCUUCUCUGGCUGGGUCUUGAUCAUGUCUUUCUUCGUGCUUUUCCUGUUACCGGAGACAAAGAAUAUCCCCAUUGAAGAGAUGACCGAGAGAGUGUGGAAGCAGCAUUGGUUCUGGAAGAGGUUUGUUGAAGAUGAUUAUGAUUACGCUGCCAAUGACAAAGUAGCCAGUGUCAAUAAUGGAUAUGAUCCAACCUCAAGGUUGUAAAUUGCAGUGCGGGCUUUUGCCAGAUCAAUGUUUUAGGCACUGGAAUACAUGCUCAGCUAAGAAUGGGUUAGUUACAGUUCAUGAAGUUAUUUUAUUACUUCCCAUGUUGGUGGCCUGGGCCUCCAAUGUUGUAAUCAGUUAAUCAAACAUCAAUUAUCUGGUUUUGCAAGCCAUAUGAGAUAUAAACACUUUUUUUAGUCCCUUUACCUCCCCACUUUUUUUUUUAAAGAUUGUUACAUAAUACAUAAAAAUUGUUUUGUCUUUGGAAGAGUAGUGUAGAUAAGAUUUCCAAAUUGCAUGAAGUGGUUAAUAAACAAACAAGGCCAUGAUAAUGCCUGCAUUUGUUCUGUACCGAAUGCUGCUAGUCAAUUUACUUUCAAUUGUUACUUCUCUUUUCCUGCAAACAUGGAAUCGCACAUCUUCAACAACUAAUCUCGUGCAAUAGCUUCAGCUUCAGUUUGGAAGUGAAAAAUUGUAGAAUAAACUAAUAAAUAGACGACCAAUAAGCAGGAUGGAGGCAGAGUGUACUCAUGGCUUUAAUUUCGUAUUGAGGAUUGGGUUCUUUAUAUAUGAAGCCAUUGGUUAUUGGAAAAAAUAUAAUUACGCUAUGCCAAGCUCAAGAGCUUUUGAAAUUCAGAUGACAGAAGCGAAAGAAAAGGGAGCAAAAGGUAGUGAAGAAAAUGAAUCUAAAAAGGGACAAGGAAUGGAAACAGCAAUAGGGGCUGGAUAGUACACAGCAAAGAAACAGAAUGAAGAGUAUGAGUAAUGAUAUGUUUAUAAAAGCUUUGGCAUUUUAAAACAAUUAUAAUAAUUACACGUGAUGAUAAUAGGCGAAUUCUAGCGUCUACUUUGACAAGUAAUAGAAAA